AACAUGAGCCAGCUAAACCAGAGUGAGAACUGCUCCUUCCAUGACGUGGAGGUGCUGAUGAAAACCGUGCAGCUGGCUGUCCACACCCCUACCUUCCUCCUCGGUCUGCUCCUCAAUCUGCUCGCCAUCCGAGGCUUCAGCUCCUUCCUGAAGAAGAGGUGGCCCUGCUACGCUGCCACCUCCAUCUACAUGAUCAACCUGGCGGUCUUCGACCUGCUGCUGGUGUUCUCUCUCCCAUUCAAGAUGGCCCUGUCUCACGUGAAGGCUCCCCUUCUUCCCCUCUGUACCCUAGUGGAGUGCCUCUACUUCAUCAGCAUGUAUGGGAGCAUCUUCACGAUCUGCUACAUCAGCCUGGACAGAUUCUUGGCCAUCCGGUACCCGCUCCUGGUCAGCCACCUCCGGUCCCCCAGGAAGACCUUUGGGAUCUGCUUCACCAUCUGGGUCCUGGUGUGGGUGGGGAGCACCCCUAUCUAUAGCUUCCAUGGGAAAGUGGAAAACUACACGUGCUUCCACAACAUGUCUGACGGCACCUGGAGUGCCAAGGUCUUCUUCCCUCUUGAGGUCUUCGGCUUCCUUCUUCCCAUGAGCAUCAUGGGUUUCUGCUCCUCCAGGAGCAUUUGCAUUCUGGUCGCCCGUCGGGACCACACCCAGGACUGGGUCCAGCAGAAGGCCUGUAUCUGGACCAUCGCGGCCAGUCUGGCUGUCUUUGUGGUCUCCUUUCUCCCAGUCCACCUGAGUUUCCUCUUGCAGUUCCUGGUGAGGAAUGGCUUUAUCGUGGAGUGCAGAGCCAAGCAGAACAUCAUCUUGUUCCUGCAAUUGUCCAUGUGUUUCUCCAAUAUCAACUGCUGCCUGGAUGUUUUCUGCUACUACUUUGUCAUCAAAGAAUUCCGCAUGGACCUGAUGGCCCACCAGCCUUCCAGGGUCCAGCUGGUCCUCCAGAAUACCAUGACCACCAUGGCUAAGGGAAGAAAGCUGAGCUUGGAGGAAGGAAAUCUCAGUCUGAAUUCCAUAGCAGAUACCUCUUCCUAG